AGGCAGAAAGUCACGACGCAUGGUUGGCCGCCGCAACUUCUGAGGCUGAGACACUACAUGCAAUUGCAGCUCAUUCGAAGGACUAUGCAUGAAGGACUAUGUAGAAGGGAAUACUGACGUCACUAUGCUGUAUCAAGCUUCGUUCAGUAUUCCCCCAGUUUGCUGAUGAGGAAUUACGCCCUAUACAUGUAUUGUCGAAGUCACGAUGCCGCCAUGUAGAUUUGACCGAGACUAGCCGCAGUUAGCCGAUGCGAGUAAGCUAACCAAGCAGUAGAGCAUUUGUACAUCAUCUGUACAUAACUUCAAGAAUCCCUUUGCUUUCAGCCUUACACGUAAACCGUCAAGGAUUACCGUUGUAUUGCGUCAAGGUGUCUGCAACUGCGAUAAUACAUACGCUGUGUCUUCCCGAAGAUGAGAGCCAUGGCUUGGUCUACGGCAAAGGCUAACAUUGUCCACAUGUUGCAAAGACCAACACGCCUCACGUUGUCAGCAACUCGAAACUUUGCAUCCAAACCAAACCCUGGUCGUGUAGAACAGGCGUCCACCGCCGAACAAAGCCAUCACAUCGCGGGUGACAUUAUAAACUUUGCCAAAAUACAAGCCACACGUCCUGACUUCGAUCACUCGAACACGCCCAUCGAAGUCACAAAACAUCCCAAUCCGAACUGGCGAUAUGGCGACGGUGUCAAAGGCUAUGACCCAGCCAAAACCCAUGUGGAAGUCGACCCCUAUGAGCCGAAUCGAUCGAUGAUCCGCAACUACCGGCUGCUCGUAUCUGGCAUUGCACCUAGGCCGAUAGGUUUCAUCAGUACAGUGUCUGAAGACGGCGCCACCAAGAACCUCGCCCCUAUGAGCUAUUUCCAAGUCAUCGAUCACGAUCCACCGAUGUUUGUCAUAGGCUUUUCUUCGCGUACUGGCCGAGUCAAAGACACAUAUCGUAAUCUGAAAGAAACGGGAGAAUGCGUCAUCAACACAGUUUCCGAGAAUAUGAUCGAGGCAGUCAACGCAACAUCUAUAGACGCCCCGUAUGGUGUGUCCGAAUGGGAUAUUGCUGGACUUAAUGAAGCACCUUCUUCUACCGUACGUCCAUCGAGGGUCCAGGAAUCGAUAUUCUCCAUUGAGGGCAAAGUCGCCGAUGUCAAAGAGCUCGGGGAAUAUAAGCAAGAUGGAAACAGCGUCGCGAGCAUGGUUUUGAUAAAAGCUACACGAUUUUGGGUGAGAGAAGAUGCUGUGGAUGAGGACCUAAGCCAUAUCGACUUGAAUGUCUUGAGGCCUGUGGCUCAGCUUGGCGGGAAGUCGUAUGGACGCAUUACAUCGACGUUCGAACUGCCGCGAGAACGUUGGAACGACGACGUUGCGAAAAAAGUGAAAGAAUUGAAAAUAUCCAGAAGAAAUGCUUGAAUCACGCCCUUCGUCAGUAUCCUGCGAGAACGUUGACUACGAUGGGAAGAAAUGUUAGCUACUCUGGCGUGUAUCUCGCUUGUGAUACUAUUGAAAUGUUCCUCUGAAACAACAACAGACACUUCAAAGUUGGUUGUUGAGGGAGACCGAGUCUAUAAAGCUGGUGCAACCUCGCCGGACCAUUAUCAUGCCAAAAGCAAUUUUACAAGACCAGAUGGGUGUAUAGACAAUCUCUAUUGUAUGAUUCUAAUAGACCAAAUGCUUUCUAUCC